UUUCCGUGGUCACCGUGAGAUCUGCUCGCCGUCGGUUUCCUGCUACAGUCCAGAGCGGCGUCGAGACGAGCUGGGAAGAUUCAACACCACCACCUCCAAUAUCCCCACUGUACAAUGAAACUGCUAGCCGUACCUCCCUGUCUCGAUAUCCGCUUCGUCACAGUCGUGCUGCUGGUGAUGGGCCUUUCUACUCCCGGGCAAGCAGAAAUAACCAGUCUGGAUUCAGGCAACAUUGAUGACGUCCUAAAUAAUGCUGGGGUGGCAUUAGUCAAUUUUUACGCCGACUGGUGCAGGUUCAGUCAGAUGCUCCAUCCAAUUUUUGAGGAGGCAUCGAACAUAGCGAGGGAGGAGUUCCCUGAAACCAAGCAGGUGGUGUUUGCCCGUGUCGACUGUGACCAACAUUCGGACAUAGCCCAGCGGUACCGCAUCACCAAGUAUCCAACAUUGAAGUUGUUCCGCAAUGGGAUGAUGAUGAAGAGGGAGUACAGGGGUCAGAGGUCGGUGGCGGCCAUCGCUGAGUUCAUCCGCCAGCAGCAGGUCGACCCAGUGAAAGAGCUAGGCUCAAUGGAGGAGGUCAAUACUCUGGAUAGGAGCAAGAGAAACAUCAUAGCUUACUUCGAGAAAAGGGACUCAGAUAGCUACCACACUUAUGAGAAAGUUGCCAACAUCCUUCGUGAUGACUGCACGUUCUUGGCUGCCUUUGGAGCCGUAUCUGAGACCGAGCGCUUCAGUGGAGACAAUAUAAUCUACAAGCCUGUAGGGGAGAGCGCCCCUGACAUGGUCUACCUCGGCUCACUCGGCAAUUUUGACCUGACCUACGCUUGGGCCCAGGACAAGUGUGUGCCUCUGGUCAGGGAGAUCACCUUUGAGAAUGGAGAGGAGCUGACUGAAGAAGGAAUCCCUUUCCUCAUCUUAUUCCACGUUAAAGAAGACGCAGAGAGUUUAGAGAAGUUCCGGCAUGAAGUGGCUCGCCAGCUCAUCAGUGAGAAAGGGUCUAUAAACUUCCUGCACGCCGACUGCGAGAAGUUCCGGCAUCCUCUGCUCCAUAUACAGAAAACUCCUGCUGACUGUCCCGUCAUUGCUAUAGACUCAUUCAGACACAUGUAUGUCUAUCCCGACUUUAAAGACCUCAAUAUCCCUGGCAAGCUGAGACAGUUUGUGCUGGACCUUCACUCUGGAAAGCUACACCGAGAGUUUCACCAUGGUCCUGAUCCCACGGACAGUACGCCAGGACAGGAGGAGACGGGAGGGGAAGUGGCCAGCAGCCCUCCAGAGAGCUCGUUCCAGAAGCUGGCGCCCAGUGAGACUCGCUACACCAUCCUCAGCCGGGACCGCGACGAGCUGUGACCUCAACAGCCUUCCAGUGAUCCUGUGACUCAAUGCCAUGCCCCAGGGUCAGGGAGGGGGUUAGGGUUGGGACAGGCCGCGGGACAGAACAGCAACACCCAACACCCUUACUGAAGAGAGAGAUAAAGAGAAGAGGAGGAGAAUGUAGAGGAAGAAUGAGGAGGAAAAAAAACAACAGGAGGAGUUCAGUCCACGACACAACCAUGUUGGAAAAACCUAUAUUUUCAUAACUCUUUCACGUACAGUUUUUAUUUCGGAUCAAAAGGAAGGGGGGUAAAGAAGAAAACGCGUGUGGGCAGGUGUUAGGGGCAUUAGGACAUCAAAAGAAGUGUUUUUACAUUUAUUUUUUGGAGCUUGUAAAUAUGUUUGUGCUACAUGGGAGUCUCAUUGUUGGUCUAAAUUAAAUGCAGAGUUUUCUUUAUUUUAUUUCUUUCUUUUACAUCACCCGGCUUUUUGUAGAGAAAAAUAACAGCGCAGUUCCCUCACUCCAGUUGUCAGGUUCUUAUCUGUGGGUAGUCCAGUUCAGCCUGUCUGAUAGGAGAAGUUUGUUGUUUAGUCUCACUGACCUCAUGGCUGCAUCUCAAUAUGACCAACUGUAGUCUAAUUCAUUUGUACAUUUGUAACUUAUAACAAUAUACCUGUUUGAAGUAGCUUUAUCUCCAUAUCUUCUCCAAACACAUUCUGAAGGAACAGAAAAAUACAAUUUUAAAUGCUUGGAAAGGGUCACAUGAUUUCAAACCAUGGCUUGACAGAGAAGAUAAAGAGACAGAGCUACUCCAGCCUAUUGAGAUGCACCCCUUCUCUCUCUGGUACUAAAUGGUUAUAGAUUAUGAUGUCUCUUACAGUGCUUAUAAAAAGUAUUGCCCCCUCAGACCUUUUUAUGCGUCACUGUUUUACAACACUGAAUCACAGUGGAUGUAAUUAGGAUUUUAUUUUUCUCAAAAAUCAACAAAUAUUACUGUAAUGUCAAAGCGAAUGAGACGUUUUGCCAUGAUACUAAAUUCUGUGUUUAGUACGAGCCUGAAGCGGCUAAACACCAAAAACGCAUCAUCCCUAUCAUGAAGCCUGGUGGUGGCAGCAUCAUGCUGGGUGGAGGCUUCUCUGAAGCCGGCCCUGGGCGGCCUGUGACUGUAGAAAGUUAGAUUUAUGCAGCAAAGUACAGAGAAAUCCUGGUGAAAACGUACAGCUAUAGAUUUAUAUCUACAACCCCAAAUCUACACAGGAUCAAAAAGAAGAAUGUGAAAUAAUUAGUUUCCAGUUGUGUAAAACUGUUACAGGCCUAUUGAAGUAUACCUAAGGCUGUAACUGUUGCCAAAGGUGCCUAUUUUAAGUAUUGUCUUGAAGGACAUGAAGUCUUGUGCAAUCGGGUUUUGUUUUUUUGUGCCCAAGAAAUCUGAACGACUUACUUUUCUGUUCAGUUGCUAAAAUGCUGAUUACCUCCACUACUGUAAAACAUUAAAAGUCAAAGGGGGCUGGAUACCUUUUUAAAGGCACAGUAUUUGCCAUAACACCUCUGAGUUGUGCUCCCAGAAAUCAAAUAGAGGAAAAAAUGUUUUUGCAAUGAUGUACUUUAAAAUGAUUAUGAAUUUAAGAAAUGGCUGUUGUUUUUGUUGUUACCUGUUGUCUAAUGUGUCAUCAUGCUGGGGGAGAAAAAACUGCGUCCUUCCCAAAGCCGAGACAAGAGGGGAAAACCCAUUCGAUGAACGGUGGAAAUUUACAGUCUGCCACUUUAUACAACUUCUUUUAAAACUGGUUUUGUCUCUUUAUAUGUCUUUGAGGUUUUGGUACAAGUCCAGUUCCCUUAGAUCCUCUGAGUGUGAAAUAAUCCAGAUGCAGAAGCCAGAUUAGGAGUGUGGGGAACCAUUGCUACGGUUGUACUGUGCGUCCCUGCCCUUCCAUAGAGGCCAACAGAUGCCUGCAUAGUGACAUAUCAGCCCACAAACAGGAGAGCAACAGGGGGGAGAGCGUGAUGCCAUUUCUUAACCAGUCAUCUCAGAGGGGAAGAAGAGUAAAAAUAUGAAAAAGGUAAAUUAAAAAACAUUUUACAGGAUAC